AUGACUACAACCGCGCCUCCUGACGCGACAGCCCCGUCCACAUCAUCGGAACAGGACGAACCAGCUCCAUCCGAAACUGCAUCUGUGUCAGCCACCGCGACUGCACUCCCAUACUCUCCGGUUCACGCCACUGCCCAAGCUCAACCAGGAGGCACCACGGUCAUGCCUGCGCGGUCUGGCAGUGACGGACCUCCUCUACCCACACCGACCAAAACGAUAGCCACCCCUGCUACGAAAACGAGCACCUCGCCUCCUCCCCCUCAGCCUGGAGCUCGUCCUGAUCCUGGAAUUCCUGCACCGACGACUCUUCCAGUUUUGGCUGCAUCUUCAGCUCCAGCUCCAGUCCCUAGUCCUGGUCCCGCUCCCCAGGCUCAACCUGAACCUCCACCAACACCUUCCGCUACAGCCACAGGCGCAACUACAACUACAACGCCAGCGAACCCUAUGCCUGGCUACGGCUACGGCUACAGCCCCGCAGCCGGCAGGUAUAGCUCCGAAUUCACACACCCAGCCCAGGGCCAACAAUUCCAUCCACGAGCACACCCUCACGCACAACCACACCCAAACUCAACGUCCACACCCUACGCCUCGCUCUACCAGCCACCCGACACCUCGUCACAGCUACCCCUCUACCAGACCCAGGGCCCUGGCGCCGACGAGUUUGAUUCCGCCCACGGAGACGGUGGGUUCCUGGCGAGCGCCAAGUCGUGGAUGGCGAGUGCGGGGACGAAGUUGGCAGAGGUGGAGGCUGAGGUGUGGAAGAGGAUCAAUGAGGCUCAUGAUAAGUAG